ACAAAUAAUACAGCCACACAAUUAGGUAUAGUUAGUAGUGUUACUCCAUCAAUGACUGGGCAUGGAUCAGCGGGGUUCGGAUACUGAUAGUCGUUUUUUUCUGGAGACUUUUACCUGUAGAUCUGCCACAACAUGUAGCCAUGAUACAUAUUCCUGGAGAAGAAACAUUGCAAUCAACAAGCGCAGUUUUGACCAAUAAUGCAAAAUUUAACAGGGUUAAUAAAAUUCUUUUAUUGAAGCCGAUCAAAUAAUGAAAGCUAAAGAGGGAAGCGAGACGCAUUUGCAGACAAAAAACGAGAGCACAGCUGCCCGAGAGGGGUAAUGUUCGAAAAAAUGCGGCGACUUACAAAAAGUUUCAAGACCUGAGCAUACUCCCCCCACAACCCCUACAGGUAAUCUAGUGACCGAUGCCCAGAGCAUACUAAAAUUAUGUAGAGAACACUUCUAAAACCUGCUGAAUGGUAGUAAAAGCAUAACACCAGAAGAUGUCGAACCCGAUUCCCCAAUCGGUGACGAUGGAGCAGACGUUCCAUUGCCUGUCCAUGAGAAAGUUCGAAUAGCAAUAGCGAAGCACUGAUAACAAUAUGGUCGGACGAAAGCAUGCCCAACGAUUGGAAUUUAAGUGUGCUCUGCCAAUCUAUAAAAAGGGCGACCCCACAAUCUGCGCCAACUACCGUGGAAAGCCUCUUAAACAUCGCGUAUAAGGUUCUAUAGAGCGUAUUGUGUGAAAGAUUACAGCCCACCGUCAACAAAUUGUUUGGACCUUAUCAAUGUGACUUUAGACGUGGAAAAUCAACAACGGACCAGAUAUUUGCCAAGCGCCAAGUCUUGGAAAAGACCCGUGAAGAGAGAAUCGACACACACCACUUUUUUGUCUAUUCAAAACUGAUUUUGACAACACGAAAAGGAGCAGCAAUUGAGAAGUAAAGUCCUCUCACACACAUCACCUCUUUGUCGUUUUUAAAACGGAUUUUGACAGCACGAAAAGGAGCAGCAAUUGAGAAGUAAAGUCCUCUCUCGACGAACAAAAGCUAAACUCUAUAAGCCACUCAUUAUUCCUGUCCUGUUAUAUGGUGCAGAGGCAUGGACGAUGGCAACAUCUCAUGAGUGGACGUUACGAGUUUUCGAGAGAAAGGUUUUGCGGUAGAUUUAUGGUCCUUUGCGCAUUGGCCACGGCGAAUAUCGCAUUCGAUUGAACGGUGAGCUAUUUUGCGACAUUGACAUAGUUCAGCGAAUUAAGAGACAGCGUCGUCCCUUUGAAUGAAAACACUUCAUCACUGAAAGUAUUCGACGCAGUAACCGCCCGGAGAAGAAGAAGACGACCUCGACUCCGUUGGAAAGAUUGGAGAGGGACCUGGCUGCACUUGGUAUCUUGAAUUGGCACUAAAUUGCUAAAAGAAGAAACGGUUGGCGCGUUGUCGUUAACUCGGCUAUAACCGCGUAAACGGUGUCUACGCCAUUAAGGAAAAAGUAUAUGCUAGUACUUCGAAAAUAUGUUUAAUAUCACAACUGCACAACUUUACCUAAAGAUUAAGAAAGAUAAUGCAUAUAAUAAGUGCUGCAAAAUUAUAAAACCGCUACCUACAGCUUUAUGUUCUUUAACAAAUGAAUUCGUGGCCAUCGAAUCUUUAGUUUGCAUACUAAUGUAUAUGCAUUGUCCUGUCCAAAUAUCAAAUUUUAUUGUUUCAAUUCAAGAAAGGAACAAAACCGCUUUGGAGAAUCGACUAGUACAAAACUGUAAUGCUUAUAUAAUCAAUACAUAUACUUACAUACUUACUUGUAGUAUAAAAGAAAGUCGAUUUUUCUGUCCCUAUGUCCCUUUGUAUGCUUAAAUCUUUAAAACUACGGAACACAUUUUGAUGCAGUUUGUUUUAAUAAAUAGAGUGAUUGAAGAGGAAGGUUUAUAUGUAUAAUAAUAUCCAUUAAAUAGUGGAAAAUUCUGCUAUUUUUGAGUUUUCUAAUAUAAUGUCGUAAAUAAUUAAAUCCGCUAACAUUGCAAACGCAGGCUGAACCCUACGAGAUUUAUAAAAAUAAUGUACUAAGUAUUGUACCCACUGAAAAAGUCUACAGAAAACUCUGCGAUGAUAUACAUAUGUACAUACGUCUAUCUCUUAUGGACAUCCCACAAUAACAUUUUUUUGUCAUUUACUUUUUACGACAAAUAAUGGCUAAUUUUCGGAGCGAUUUUAACCAAUACAGUAUUAAUCGUUAUCAAAUUAAAUACCUUAAAUACAUUGUUGAUUUAAUAUAGAUCUAUAUGACCCUGUACAGCAUUUAAUUUAAAUUAAUAUUUUCGAAGAUAUUACAUAUUUAAAAAUUGCGGGAAGCAGCGUUUGCGGCGGUACCGGCCGGCCGGGGUGGCGGGAGCGUGCCUUCAAACGGAAACGAUGAAGUAUAUGCGUACUAUUUCAAACCGAUCCUUCCUCAAAAAUAAUACAAUUGCUAAAUAUUUGGUAUAGUAGAACAGAACUUUUCGGAAAGUGCAAAAGAACUGCUAGUACGAUGAGGAGUGCCGUGUCGCAGCGGAGAGAAAACAGACUGCCUAUCUCGCAACGUUAGAAUCGUCCACAACACGUGUGGGAUGGGAUAGAUACCGAGAGCUGAAGAGGGAAGCGAGACGCAUUUGCAGACAGAAAAAUAAAGAUGCCGAAAUACGUGGGUACGAAGAGCUUGAUAAGCUGGCCGACAGGGGUAAUGCUCGAAAAUUCUACGAAAAAUUGCGGCGGCCUACAGAAGGUUUCAAGACCGGAGCAUACUCUUGUAGAGCCCCCAAAGGUGAUCUAGUCACCGAUGCCCAGAGCAUACUUAAAUUAUGGAGGGAACACUUCUCCAGCCUGCUGAAUGGCAGUCAACGCACAACGCCAGGAGAAGGCGAACCCGAUUCCCCAAUCGAUGACGAUGGAGCAGACGUUCCAUAACCCGAUCAUGAAGAAGUUCGAAUAGCAAUUGCCCGCCUGAAGAACAACAAAGCGGCAGAUGCCAACGGAUUGCCGGCCGAGCUAUUCAAACACGGCGGCGAAGAACUGAUAAGGAGCAUGCAUCAGCUUCUUUGUAAGAUAUGGUCGGACGAAAGCAUGCCCAACGAUUGGAAUUUAAGUGUGCUAUGCCCAAUCCAUAAAAAAGGAGACCCCACAAUCUGCGCCAACUACCGUGGGAUUAGCCUCCUCAACAUCGCAUAUAAGGUUCUAUCUAGCGUAUUGUGUGAAAGAUUAAAGCCCACCGUCAACAAACUGAUUGGACCUUAUCAGUGUGGCUUUAGACCUAGCAAAUCAACAACCGACCAGAUAUUCACCAUGCGCCAAAUCUUGGAAAAGACCCGUGAAAGGAGAAUCGACACACACCACCUCUUCAUCGAUUUUAAAGCUGCUUUCGACAGCACGAAAAUAAGCUGCCUUUCUGUCGCGAUGUCUGAAUUUGGUAUCCCCGCAAAACUAAUACGGCUGUGUGAUCUGACGUUGAACAACACUAAAAGCUCCGUCAGAAUCGGGAAGGAGAUCUCCGAGCUGUUCGAUACCAAACGAGGUUUUAGACAAGGCGACUCCCUAUCAUGCGAUUUCUUCAAUCUGCUGCUGGAGAAAAUUAUUCGGGCUGCAGAACUUAAUCGAGCAGGUACAAUAUUUUAUAAAAGUGUACAGCUGCUGGCGUAUGCCGAUGAUAUUGAUAUCAUUGGCCUCAACACCCGCGCCGUUAGUUCUGCUUUCUCCAGACUGAACAAGGAAGCAACGCAAAUGGGUAUGGCAGUGAACGAGGGCAAGACGAAAUAUCUCCUGUCAUCAAACAAACAGUCGUCGCACUCGCGACUUGGCUCUCAUGUCACUGUUGACAGUCAUAACUUUGAAGUUGUAGAUAAUUUCGUCUAUCUUGGAACCAGCGUAAACACCACCAACAAUGUCAGCCUGGAAAUCCAACGCAGGAUUACUCUUGCCAACAGGUGCUACUUCGGACUGAGUAGGCAAUUGAAAAGUAAAGUCCUCUCUCGACGAACAAAAGCCAAACUCUAUAAGUCGCCCAUAAUUCCCGUCCUGCUAUAUGGUGCAGAGGCUUGGACGAUGUCAACAACGGAUGAGUCGACGUUGCGAGUUUUCAAGAGAAAAGUUCUGCGAAAGAUUUAUGGUCCUUUGCGCGUUGGCCACGGUGAAUAUCGCAUUCGAUGGAACGAUGAGCUGUACGAGAUAUACGACGACAUUGACAUAGUUCAGCGAAUUAAAAGACAGCGGCUACGCUGGCUAGGUCAGGUUGUCCGGGUGGACGAAAACACUCCAGCUCUGAAAGUAUUCGGCGCAGUACCCGCCGGGGGAAGCAGAGGAAGAGGAAGACCACCACUUCGUUGGAAGGACCAAGAGGAGAAGGACCUGGCUUCGCUUGGAAUAUCCAUUUGGUGCCACGUACACAAUGCAAUGGAUUAUAAUUGGAUCAGUAAUCAGUCGAUAAAUAUUUACCACGUGCAUCCCAAAAGACUGAUGUCACAACUUUGCCAGCCGACUUUUCGUCUUUCCGCGCUUGAAGACCAGUUCAUCACUUUAGUGUGAAAUGAUAGAGCCGUAUUUCUAUUGCCACACACCGACGCAAAAAUUCGGUUUUAUUACGAUUAAAGAGCACUCAAACACUCCUCAGAGUCUGCAAUUCGCUGUUUUUGUUAGAUUAUGAACUUGGUAAAUGGUAAAGCCUUUACGGGUAUUCUAGUUUAAUUAUAAAUUAAAGCGGUACAUUUCGAAUAAUAAUAAAUUAUUAUUAAAAUUAAAUUAUUAUUUACCAAUUUUAAUUUAAAGUUACUCAAGUUUAAAAGAUUUCAUAAAAUUCCGCAGAAUAGAAACAAACUAGUACAAUCUUAUAAUUGUGAAAUGGAUGUUCUUUCCUAAUUUUUAAAGUUGUACAAUUAUUUCAUCAGCUUAAUAAUUCUGCAGCAGAGUAUUAUAGUAAUGAAGUAAAUUUACUUAUACCCAUUACACUGUUUAAAAUCAAAAAUAAAGAAUUUAAUAUCGAUUGCAGAAAAGGGACAAGCCCACAUUUUAUGCAGAUGGUUUGAAAAUUAAAUCCAUAUAUAUUUUUUAAUAAUAGAACGUUUUCUAUCUACAUAUCCAAAAUGUUUAAUAAUAGAGUGGACAAAUAAAUCAACAAUUUCAUAACAUAUUUAUUGGAAGGAUAAUCAUAUUUAAACAUGAAUCGAAGUACGGUGGUACGUUGCCUAUAAUUUCAUAGUCAUCCGAUCUAUGGUUUCGUAAUAACUGUUAAAAUUCCGGAUUUCACAUAUACAAACAUUUGUAUUUGAACAUUAACAUAUUUGUGGGAGCAUUUUAAGUAAAUAAUUAUAAAUAAAAACAGAUUGUUUCGAAGAAUUUUCACAUGUACAAACAUUUGUAUUUGAACAUUAAAUAUUUAUUAAAGCAUUUUAAGCAAAUAAUAGUAGUUUUAAAAUUUGAAUUUUCUUG